AUGGGAGUACCCACCUUUUACAGAUGGCUAGUUACAAGGUAUCCAAAAAUAGCCAAAGCAGUUUAUGAGACCAGAGAUAGUGAUGUAUAUUCAAGAAGAACAAAAUUUGAUGAGAAUGGAGAAUAUUUUAAAGUCCACGAUUUAAAUGAUUAUGUUAAUAAUACAGAUGAAUUACAUUGUUCAGAUAAUAUCAAUGGAUAUUUUGAUAAUAUGUAUUUAGAUAUGAAUGGAAUUAUUCAUUUAUGUUCUCAUAGUGAUAAUAGUAAAAGAGCAAAAAGUAAUGAAGAAAUAUUUCUGAAUGUUUUUUUAUAUGUUGAAAGAUUAUUUGAUAUUGUUGAACCAAAGAAACUUCUUUAUAUGGCCAUUGAUGGUGUUGCACCUAAAGCAAAAAUGAAUCAACAAAGAAGUAGAAGAUUUAAAUCUAUAUCAUGUUCAGAAAUAGAAAAGAGAGCAUAUUUAGAAUUAAAAGAACGAUUUAUAGCUGAAAAUAAAAUGGUACCUGAAGAAACAACCUAUUGGGAUAGUAAUGUUAUAACUCCAGGUACUGAAUUUAUGCAUGAGUUAUCUGUUGCUUUAAAAUAUUUUAUUGAACACAAAAUUACAAAUGAUGAAAAAUGGAAAAAUGUUGUUGUUAUUUUUUCUGAUUCUAAUGUAUGUGGUGAAGGAGAACAUAAAAUAUUUAAUUUUAUCAAAUCACAAAGAGCACAACCAGGUUAUGAUCCAAAUACUAGACAUAUAAUACACGGUAUGGAUGCUGAUUUAAUUAUGCUUUCCUUAGCUAGUCAUGAACCAUAUUUUUAUAUAUUAAGAGAAAUUAUAGAUUUAGAUCCAAAAUCUGAUGAAAAAGAAAAACCAAAAAAAAAAGAUUAUGUAGGUAUGCUUAAAAGUUAUGAUGAUUUGCAUUUCUGUACUAGAUAUGUUAAAACGGAAAAAAAAUUGUAUAAUAAAUAUAAUGAUCCAAAUUAUGCUAAUGUUACUAUUAGUAAGAAUUCAUCACUGAAUUAUGAAUAUUGGAAUGAAUUACAAAUUCUUGAUCUAACCAUAUUAAGAGAAUAUUUAUGGAAAGAUCUAUUUUUUGAUACAAGUUUUAAUAUGGAAAGAUGUAUAGAUGAUUUUAUAUUUAUUUGUUUUUUUUGUGGAAAUGAUUUCUUACCUCAUCUACCAUCCAUUUCUAUAGCAGGAGGGAGUAUAGAUCAAUUAAUAUUAUUAUAUCAAAAGGUCUUACCAACAUUAGGAGAUUAUUUAAUUAAUGAAGGUUCUAUUAAUUUAAAAUCUUUUACAAAAUAUAUAUCUUUCAUAGCUGAGGUGGAGAGAGAAACAUUUGUUUCGCAAUAUGAUUUUAAGAAGAAAAGAGAAAAAAGAGAAUUACAACAAAAGGAUGCAUUAAAAAGACCAAAAUGUGUAGAUGAUCCAACAGAUCAAGUAGUACAGUAUUUAGAUAAAUCAGAUGUAAACAACAAGACAAAUAAUGCUCAACAAAGAGAAAUUCAUACUAAUAAAGCAGCUAAUACUAUGAUAGCCAAUAAAUCGGAAAAUAUAACAACUCCUGCGGCUAAUAUUGUUUCGAAAAAAAUGUUAUAUGAAAGUAAAAUUCAAAGCAUGCAACCUAUGAGAAAUAUUAAAUAUAAAGAUAAGAAAGGUGAAAAAAGUAUUAAUUUUUUAGUUCGUCCUGUAUCAAAUAUUGAGAAACCUAUAAAUAAUGAACAAGAGGAAGUUCAAUCAUUGAAUAGUGAUAUGUUACAAAAAAGUGAAACACUACCUAAUAAUGAUAUAUUACAAGAUAGUGAUACCCUACAAAAUAAUAACAAUAAUAAUAAUAAUGAUGAUAAUAAUAAUAAUGAUAAUAGUUUAUUUUCUAAUAAUGAUGCUUGUUCUAACAAUGACACAUUUUCUAAUACUGAGGUAUUACCAAAAGAUUCUUAUGAUGAAAAUAAAAAAAUGGAUGAUAUUAACGAAUUCAAUUUAUUAUUAAAAGAAGCUAUUAAAAAAGCUAACGAAUGUGAAAAUCCCAAAGAAGAUGUAGAAUUAGGAGGAGAUGAAAAUCCAGAUAUUAUAAGAAUGAAAUAUUAUAAAUCUAAAUUUCAUUUAGAUGAUAAUGAUUCUAUAGAAGAUUUUAUUAAAGAUGUUGUUUAUAAAUAUGUUGAAGGAUUAGCUUGGGUUCUAGCAUAUUAUUUUCAAUCAUGUCCUAUGUGGCAUUGGUAUUAUCCAUAUUAUUAUGCACCAUUGUCAUCAGAUUUAAUUGUUGAUAAUAUAACUUUCAAUUUUGAAAAAGAUGAACCAUUAUUACCAUUCGAACAAUUGUUAUGUGUCUUACCAGCCAAUUCAAGCCAUUGCUUACCAAAAAUGUAUAAACAAUUAAUGCUACAUAAAGAUUCACCAAUUAUUGAUUUUUAUCCUCAUACAUUUAAAGAAGAAGAAAAUGGGAAAAAAUUUAAAUACCAGUGGAUUAUAUUACUUCCAUUUGUAGAUAAGGACAGAAUUAUUAAACACGCAAGACCUUUACAUGAUACAUUAAAUAGUGAUGAAAAAAAAAGAAAUAGAAGAGGUCUUAAUAAAAUAUAUGUUAGUUCAAAUCACCCCUUAUCCAAAACAAUAGCAAAAUCUAUUAAAAAUUAUUUAAAAGAAGUUAAAGAAAAGGAAUCCAUAAAAAAUGAAGAUAUUGAAAAUUUAAAUAAUGAUGAACGAAAUGAAGCUAACAUGGAUGAUGAAAAGAAGAUAAUCGACAAAAAAAAUAACAAUAGCAACAAUAAUAACAAUAAUGAUAAUAAUAAUAAUUAUAACAAUACCUAUGAUGAUUAUUUUAAAAAUAUGAAUCUAACCAUUCCAAUAACCACAAACAGAAAUAUUAAUCUCUUUGGAUAUUUAAAUUGUAAAGACGAAGAAAGUGAUGUACAUAUACUUAAAAAAAUAUUUAAAUUCUCAUCAAACUUUUCAUCAACUUGUAAUAGUGCUUUCUAUUUACAACCAGAAUUUGAAAAACAUUCAUCAGCACUCUUGAAAAAUCAUAUUAGACCCAAAAAUGUUUUAAAUGUACUAGAUAUAAAUAACGAAGAAAGAAAAUUAAGAUUUAACGCACCAGCUGCUAAAAGGAUGAUUUUAAAUAGUUUAAGCAAUAAUCAUCCACAAAUAUAUUCCUUUUCUAAAUAUAAUCAAUCAAGAAAUCAAGAAAUGAAUCAUCAUUAUCAUAAUCCUAAUCAUUAUUCCAAUGAUCCUAGGUUAAAUAAUGCCUACCAUUAUAAUAAUAAAGUAAGAGAUAAUAUGCAGAAUUAUAAUAAUAGUGCAAAUUAUAAUUAUACAAAGACACCUAAAAAUUAUAAUUAUCAUCAUAAUCAAAAUUUCCAAGAUCAAAAUUAUAAUAAUAAUUUCCCGAACUUGUCACAUAAAAAUAAUAAUAUGUAUCAAAUGCCAAAAAAAAACGUCACAUAUUCACAUGACCAUAAAAAAGAUGUAACUUAUAAUAAUUAUAAUAAUUCUAGGAAUACAUAUAAUAAAGAUAAUACAAAUUACGAAUCCCCAUAUAACGUGUCAUACAAUUCUCAUUAUAAUAAUAAUAAUAAUUAUAUGAAGCAUAAAAAUGAUACAAAGGCUUUCUCAAAUAAUAAUGUAUAUAAUAAUAAUCCCACUAAUAGUUAUCAUCAUAAUAAUUAUAAAAACUAUAAUAAUAAUUAUCAUAAUUAUCACAACGACGGAAAUUAUUAUAAAAAGGAUCCCUACCAUAAUAACAGCACCAAUAAUAAUAACACAACUGGAACUAAUAAAAAAAAUAACUACUAUAAUAAUAGAUCAAUGCCUUAUAAGGAUAAGUAA